AUGGUGGGUACUGGGUUAUAUGUGAUGUACAACUUUGUUUUAGCUGUACCUACUGAUGAACAAAAAAUGGGAAACGAAAAAGAACAGCCAAGUAUGCAAACAUUAUCUAGCUCAAAUCCCCCAUCCGAGAAUGCUGGUUAUCCAUUUGAACAUAUCAUGGAACCGCCGGCUCCUAUCAGCAAUACAAGCUCCGCCACAAGCAGAAUAAUUGGUUCAGAGGAUAAUAGACCUGAUGGUGGGGAAACUGAAGCGCCAUGUGGAUCCCCUAGAGCUGAAGAAUGUACUGAGGAUAGACCAAGUCCUACAGAACCUGAAGAUGGCAGUGCUGAGAAAUCUCAGAAUGUCCAAGUGGAUGAUGAUGAUACAAUUGAAGAGCCAAAAUCGGGAAUGGAGUUUAAUUCAUUUGAAGAUUUAUUAAGUUAUUAUAAGGAAUAUGGGAAAACUGAAUGUAAGGCAAAGAUUAAUGCCUUAAGGCAAGAUGGUGUGCUUCGGUUGACGACAGUACAUAAUAUCCAUAACCACGGCCUCAGUCCAAAGAAAUCCCGUUUCUUUCGAUGCAAUAGAGAAGUUAGUGAUGCCGUAAAAAGGGUCCUUGAUACAAAUGAUUUGGCUGGCAUCCGAACGAAUAAGAGUUACGGCUCUCUUGUUGUUGGCACGGGUGGAUUUGAGAACCUCCCAUUUUUGGAAAAGGAUUGUCGUAAUUAUAUUGACAAGGCCAGACAUUUACGACUUGGAGCAGGUGGUGCUGGAGCGCUCCGGGAUUACUUUUUACGGAUGCAGUACAAAAAUCCUGGGUUCUUUUAUAUGAUGGAUAUAGAUGAUGAGGGGAGGUUAAAAAAUGUCUUCUGGGCAGACCCUCGUAGUAGAACAGCGUACCAAGAUUUUGGUGACGUGGUCACAUUCGACACCACGUACCUAACGAAUCGAUAUGGGAUGCCCUUUGCACCAUUUGUUGGUGUAAACCACCAUGGACAGUCAAUUUUGUUGGGGGCAGGUCUGAUUUCCAGUGAGGAUACCGAGACCUUUGUGUGGUUAUUCGAGACAUGGUUGCAAUGCAUGGAUGGUAUCGCUCCGAAGGCUAUUAUCACUGAUCAGGAUAGAGCGAUGAAAAAUGCGAUUGCAAUUGUUUUCCCAAAAACCCGGCAUAGAUUUUGUCUUUGGCAUAUACUAAAGAAAGUCCCCGAGAAGCUUGGCUCAUAUAGUUCGUACAAAACUGGGAUGAAAAAUGCAUUGAUGAAAUGUGUCUACGACACUCAACUUGUUGAUGAGUUUGAGAAAUGUUGGGAUCAGUUGAUUAACACUUACAACUUACAUGAGAAUGCGUGGUUGCAAAGCCUAUAUGUUGAGCGUGAACAUUGGAUUGAGAAUGAAAAUCUUGCGGACUUCCAGUCAUUUAAUGCCACAAUCCCCUGUAUAUCUAGAUCUCCGAUUGAAAAGAGGUUUCAAGAGUUGUACACGAAUGCUAAAUUUAAGGAAGUUCAGCAGCAAGUCAACGGCAUCAUUGACUUGAAUCCAAAGUUACAUAAAAGUGAUGGUGCAGUAAAAAUAUACAUGGUAGAGGAUGAAGUUUGUUUUGAAGAGUUCACUAAGCCGGUUACCCAUUUUGUGAACUUUAGUGGCGAAGAUGCAGUUGCAAAGUGCUCUUGUGGAUUAUUUGAGAUGAGGGGGAUAUUGUGUCGGCAUAUUUUGGCCGUAUUCAGGUGUAACGAUAUUAAAGUUUUGCCAGAAAUGUACAUUUUAGAUCGAUGGAGGAAAGAUAUUAAAAGGCGAUACACAUUAAUUCACAGCAGCUACGAUGGAGGGGAACAACGGGCAGAUUGUAAUAGAUAUUCACGUCUUUUAAAUAUCUGUUAUAAGAUGAUUACUCUCGCAUCAGGUUCGAGAGAGCAUACUGAGGAUGCGAGUUCUAAGUUAACGGCAAUGAUUGAUUUGUAUCGUGCCAAUCAAGAACCCCCGUCGAUGACUCAAAUUGGUUCCAAUGUUGAUAGUACGGCAAAGGAUACUACGGUUGGUGGUUCGAGGGAAGUACGUAGUCCGCGUGUUGUGCGAGGUAAAGGCAGACCUCCAUCUUUAAGGAGAGCAUCCAGGAUGGAGAUAGACAUGCGAAAAGCUAAAGCAAAGACCAAGAAAGCACCAACAAAGGGGAAGCGUAAAGAGCGGGAUGGAGGAGAUACCCAAGUCGUGGAUAGAGGAGAUACACCAACCGUAGAAGUAUGCAGGAAUCUAUUUGGCCCUUCUGAGAUGGCUGUUCCAGAAAGAGAAAGCGUGGCUAUAGAUGUUACUGGAACCCAACCCCGAGAAAUAGUGAUGCAGAGUCAAGAAAGUAUUCAAUUUGGAUUAGAUGGAUCACAACCGUUGUAA